UUCACACCAAUAAACUUGUAGAAUGAUGUACGAUGUGACCAAUUACAGUGAGGUCACAGUUCAUUUAAGAUUAAUACAGUAACUCAGAUAACGUAACCUAAAGUAUUCCUUAUUGUGAAUUAAAGAACUCUGGGCCCUUCCAGGACAGGGAUAGGUGGGCUACACAUAAAUGGUGUUUGCCUUUAUAUGAAAUAUUACUUUUCAUAAAAAGAAAUAUCACUGAAACCUUUGUACCGAUAAAGCACACCGAUGUCUUAUGAUGACUUCUGCGACGACGACUUGUCAAAUCUACUGACAGUCCACCAUCUGUUCUGCUUGUGAACUCACCGGCUGGAAGAUUCUACUACAGAGAACUGAAUUAAGGGUCAGAGCACCUUGGCAAGCCCUUUUUUACACAUCAUGACUGGCUGUAAAGAAUUCUGAAAGGUCCACAUCGGAAGAGCCUCUUUGACCCGCACUUAGCAACCGCUUGUAUCCAAGCAAAAAAAUGUUUAUGUGCCUCUGUGCUGAUCAUGUUUUAGUCUUAUUGGAUAUUUCAGCUGGAGAGUGCCAUUGUCUUAGUUUUGUGUAAUCUACAAAUAGGAGCUGGAGAGUGCCGCUUAACUCAUUGAAGCAAAGGGUUUAAGAGUUUCUGCCAAUUCCAGGAAGUCAUGAUUGUAUCUCAAGAAGGAACUAUUACCCAGUAAUGUUUAAUGCUACACAAAUCCCCUUUGGCCUCUCUAUCUGCCUCCAUUAAGACACAGCCCUAAAACAUCAUGGGAGGUGUGGCGUUGGACGUAGGUGCAGACGGGGUGAAGGCCCCGGAUGGAGGGUGGGGCUGGGCAGUGCUGUCCGGCUGUUUUGUCAUCACAGGUUUCUCCUAUGCAUUCCCAAAAGCGAUCAGUGUUUUUUUCAAAGAGCUGAUCCGGGAGUUUGGGGUGGGAUACAGCGACACGGCCUGGAUCUCCUCCAUACUGCUAGCCAUGCUCUACGGCACAGGUCCUCUGUGCAGUGUGCUCGUGAAUCGUUUUGGCUGUCGUCCAGUGAUGAUGGUUGGUGGCCUCUUCGCCUCUCUGGGAAUGAUCCUUGCCUCCUUUUCCACCAGCAUCAUCCACAUCUACCUAUCUACUGGGGUUAUUACAGGUCUGGGGUUAGCCCUGAACUUUCAGCCAUCGCUGAUAAUGCUUAACCGCUACUUCAGUGAGAAGCGCCCUCUGGCCAAUGGGCUGUCAGCAGCGGGAAGUCCUGUAGCGCUUUGCUGCCUAUCACCACUGGGCCAGGUCCUCCAGUAUCAGUAUGGAUGGAGGGGGGGCUUUCUAAUCUUGGGUGGCAUUCUACUUAACUGCUGUGUGUGCGGAGCCCUGAUGAGGCCUCUGGCCGCCCCCAAAACCCUCAAGGCCAAGGAUGUGGAACAGGACAAGGAAGAGGGAUCAGUGGGAGCAGAGAAGAAGCAGCAGCCCAAAGCCAAACUGCUGGACUUCUCUGUCUUUAAAGACUGUGGUUUUCUCAUCUACACUGUAGCAGCGUCCAUCAUGGUCCUGGGGCUGUUUGUGCCUCCAGUGUUUUUUGUGAGUUAUGCUAAGGAGCUGGGGAAUGAGGAUACCAAAUCAGCCCUGCUGCUCACUAUCCUGGGAUUCAUUGACAUUUUUGCUCGACCCACGUGUGGUGUGAUUGCCGGACUGAAAUGGGUUCGGCCUCGUUGCGUCUACUUCUUCAGCUUUGCUUUGAUCUGCAAUGGAGUCACCGACCUGAUUGGGUCACAGGCCAAGGACUAUUCAUCGCUGGUGAUCUUCUGCAUCUUCUUUGGACUCUCCUAUGGCAUGGUGGGAGCCCUGCAGUUUGAGGUUCUCAUGACAAUAGUUGGCACUGAGAAGUUCUCCAGUGCCAUUGGCCUGGUCCUGCUCAUCGAGGCCAUUGCUGUGCUGGUGGGACCACCUGGUGCAGGCCGGCUUCUUGAUGCCACCAAGAACUACAUGUGGGUCUUCCUGCUGGCAGGAAGUGAGGUGGUCCUCUCGGCUUUGGUUCUGGCUACCUGUAACCUCAUUUUUAUCAGAAAGGAGUCUUCAGUGCCAGCAGACAACCUUGAGGAUGUCACAGCGACAAGUGAUGCCAAGACAGAGGUGUUCAGUAAACCUACAGAGGCUAACGAUGAAGAGGAGAAAGGAGCCAUAGAGGAGCAUGAGAAGGAGACUAUGAAGGAGGCAAAAAAGAUAUUAAAGGAAGAGCAGGAACAGAACGAGAAAGGAGAAGAGUUCAGGCCAGGGAGUGUGAUAAUGGACUCACAGGAAGUGGAAAGGUUCCUGAAAGAACCACAACUGAAUGGCGACAUGGCCGUCAGUCCUGAAACAUGCCUGUGAGUGGGGAUGGAGGAUGUUGGACAGAAUUAUACUUGCAGGCUAUACGCACUUUUUUUUAAAUAAUCUUACGGCAGGAUGAAGUAUAUUUUUGAAGUGUUCUCAUGAGCACCCUACAGGAUAGCUGUGCUUUUAUGUCAUACUGUGUGCGUGUUCAUGUACAAGUGUUCAUGUUUGUUGUGUGUGUGUGUGGGCAGGGGGGGCGGGGGUGUCAGUAACACUGCCACUGGAAAUCAUAAGAGUUACUGUAUGUUAACAUUUGUCACUGGUGGUUUUAUAGUGUGGUGGUUAAUACUAGGCAAUAGAAGAACUCAGUGAAAGCACUGCCUCGUGUAUACGGUUUAUAUCGCAAGGUGAAAGUUGUAUUUUUAAUGUAGCCACCAGCAACGGUUGGCAAUAGUCUGUCUUGUUGGAGUCAACAAAGGUGCAGAUGGAAAUAAGCUUUUGGUUAUAUUUGGUGCAAUAAUUGUAUUAUGCAUUGUCCUUACAAAAGAAACAACAAAAGUAAAAAACGAAAUAAAAAAAAAAGAAUUUAAAAUUUAUCCUACUAAAGUCUUAGCCAAAAAUAGGGCAGCUUUGAGUUAAUCCAUGUACCCGUGCCAAAAAAAGUAGGCUAGUGCUAAAAUUAAUGCUGCAUACAUAUACUGUGUCCAGAGUUGGGAAGUUAUUCUUCUGCCUUCUUGUUCAUGUGCUUUUAAGUCAGAAUGUGGAAACAAUAUGGAUAUUAGAUAUAUUGUAUUUAUUUUUUCUGACAUGAGAAGGCGGGACGGCCUGGCUCCUUGGAGUAUGAGCAGGGCCCAAAUGUUAUCCACAACGUUGUGAUGGUCUUCAUCGCCAUGUUCCACAAGGCAUGUUUGAAAUACUUUUGCAAGACAGUAAGGGAAACUGUAAGAAUUUACACUUACAUAUAUGCGUGUGGUUAAAUAUUGAUAUCCAGCUUGUCCCCAAAAACUACAUUUGCACUUAAUUCACAUUGUGUGUUGCACUGGAGAAAAGAGCAAGUAGGAGAGACACUGUAUCUGUCCGGGCUGUCUGACUGCAGGGCACAAAUAUCUAGAAAUCACUGUCUGUCUGUCUGUCUGUCCUUCGCCUUUUCACAAAAAACAAUCAUUUGAUCUUUUUCAAACUAACCAUUUGAUCAUGGGAUGAAAUCGUCAGUGACAAAAUAUUGCUUUGUGAGUUUACACCCAUCAGGCUGUUUUGUGUCACUAUUCCACACCCCAACAAUCACAUUCUGAAUGGACCUAAAUAUAGAAGACUUCAGUGAAGCAUAUCCGAACCGUCUACUUGCUUAUUCCUCAAAUCCAUGUUGCCUUUAUGCUUUGUAUUGUCUGUCCUAGGUGUGUGUGUGUGUGUGUGUUUCAGUAAACAAUAUUAAAGGACAUUUUUGUUAAUUAA